CUGCUCCGAAUCCAGGCCUUACCCUAACGCACCGCUCCAGACACCACACACACCCUCGAGCGCGUCUGAAAGAAAUGACGGCUGUCGCCUCAGACCAGACGCGGGUACAGUUAUCAUCAGGCGCAUGAAGAACCCCUGCAAAAACCCCAACCAAAACCCUCAACCUAUCCAAACCCCAUCCAUGGAGAAGCAACAGUCAGACCCGACCUUACCAUCAGACCCGACUCACCAACCCCCUUUCUCCCUCCUCCCAUCCAUCCCUGAUAUCGUCGUCUUCCGCGACUCAGAUUCGUCUGACUCAGAUACUGCCGCAGCACCACCAAACCCCCCAACUACCAAACCCUCGGACUCCCCCUCGGACUCUCCCCGGCCUAACCUACACCCCCCGGCGUACAUUAACCCCGAGCCUCAUGUCUCUUCCCAAUUCUACACGUUUAAUCGAGAAUCACACGCACUGAUGGUUCGUUGCAUCCUGGAGCGUCGCCUUGCGUCACCUGAUGAGAUCCGACGGGCCACGCCGCGUGCCGUACUGCGAUCAUGGCGGCUCGUCUGGAAGGACCGGAACGAGGACACGGCAUACCUGACCGCCUGGAAGCGGAUUCAGGACAAGCUCAAUGCGCAUGUUGACAACCACGGCAACGAGAUCCUCUACUUCAAGAACAACUCCCAGCAGUAUGUGUCUCAUGUCGACCAGUGGCAGGACAUUGUCAUGAGCUUCCACGGCGACGCCGACCUCCGACACCUUGGCCUUAAGGACACGGUCGAGAGGAUUAAACAGGUCUGGACCGUUGGUGCCAAGUUCUAUGGCAUCCCUGAGUCGUUCAUCCGUGCCUGUGUUGCGUCCUGCCCUGUCUGCUCCGACGCCUCUGCGUCAUCUGCCGCUGCCGCCCAGCGCACCAAGCGUCGCCGGUUUGAAUACACUGAGUCCUUUGAUGUACCUGCGAGGGACGUUCCGCAGAAGCUGCAGCAGCUCGCGGCAAAGCACAAGGUCGUGCUUUGCAUCCGCCAGAAGUACAUCAGGUACAAGCCGUUCAUGGCUGAGGUGAAGGACUAUGCGUGCCACAGGGCGGGGGAGCCGGCGGCAGUGGCCGCUGCGAAGAAGCCACGGGCGUUGAAGCGGGAGCCGUACGCUUCGAAGCGGUGUGGGUGUGGGUUCCGCAUUCGGGCCAUUGUCCCGAUUGCGAAUUAUAAUGAGAAGGACAAGACUUUCGUGUACCAGGAGGAAGGGACUGCUGUGUUCAAGCUCUAUGCAGUGCAUUCGGGGCAUGAGCCUGGCCCGCUCGAUGGGAAUGCGAGGAUCAUCCAUAGGGUUGUUGGGCACAAACCAGGGUUUGAUCAAGAUACAAUUUAUGGGAUUGAAGGUGACGUGGAGUCAGAAGGGUUUGGUUUAAUGGGGAAGGAUGAGGGUGAUCUGCAGCUCACAGUUCUGCAGCAGGUGCAGGAACUCCAGGCUGAAAUUGGGGUCUUGGAAGGAAAAAUUACGAAGAUGCCACGGGAGCUGUUCAAUUCUGUCUCGAGAGAGCUGUCGGAUAUCAUGAAUAGGGUCCGGAAUCUUGGGGAAGAUGCGUCGAGGUCAUCCGGGCUAUUGCUCGAUAAGCAGCAUUCGGAUGAGGUGUUGGUGGAUAGUGGGCUUGGCCACUGGGGUGAUCCACACCAUGAUCGGAUUUAUGGUGAUGGAAAGGAUCAGGAACUGAUUGAUGAUGAGGAUGACGCUUUUGAACGGUCACUCGGGGACAUCCCGCCAUGGGACAGGUGUAGGGAUAGGAAGGAUCUCAUGAGGGAGAAUUGCAAAUCAGAUAAAUGGUUGAAAGAUUUUGAUGAGAAAAGCAUCCUCAAUUGCGAGGAAGCGAAGCUGAUCAAGCCCAUAAGGGAUGAUGGGACGAUUGUAACGGAUGCAAGUCUUGUCGGGAUACAGGUGGACAGCUUCUAUCCAGAGAAUCCAAAGUGGUACGAUUCACCUUGUGGUUUGGACCCCGGCACCGAUUGUGGGGAUGGUGCAUUUAGACAUGGGGAAAUUGUGUAGAGUAUUUUGAAUCAGGUUUACCUGUGCUAAUGUUACUUGAUAUGGUGCCAUUGUCACUUUCUCAAAUGGUGGAAGUGGGGUUGUACAUUGUGAAUACAGAAGAUUGGAAUCCGUCGCACGCGCUUAGGAUGUCAUCACCGUGCAGUGGUUCCUUAACUAUCCCUGUUGGGAUUUUCUUCACAUGAUAUCUUUGAUGACUGUUUUAACAUGUUUUCUUGGCCUCUCCGCUUUCCUUAGAUGGAGUACUUUUGAAUUUUGCCUUUUUUUUACCAUUCUUAGACCUUUGUAUCUCUUAUUAAUAUGUUGCUUUGCCUUAUACCUUGCAAUUUGCGUAGUUUUAACUUCGGUGGUUAGUAACAUAAGUGGAUAUUUUAUAUAUGCAGAA